AUGGUGAUUUUGGUUAAACUUGAACUCAUGUUGUUACUCUCUAUGACUCUGAUUUUAGUAGCAGGAGCAACAUUGAAAUCGGGAGCUCAUCACAUUUUCGACGUAAAGAGCUUUGGUGCGUCUGCUGAUGGUGUUACUGAUGACACUUAUGCUUUUAAGGCAGCAUGGCAAAAGGCAUGUAACUACACAGGUAAACCCAUGAUUGUUGUACCAUAAGGGGUAUAUCUAAUCGGUCCUAUCCGAUUCUCUGGUCCCUGCCGGUAUUCGUCUUCCUUAGUUCUUAACAUCAAGGGUUACUUGAAGGCUACCACUGAUCUUUCCAGAUACAAACACAAUGGUGGCGGUUGGCUGGAAUUUAGAUGGAUGAAGGGGCUCAUUUUGAGAGGAGGGGGAACUUUAGAUGGUCAAGGUCUCGCCGCCUGGCCCUUCAACAACUGCUCUGUUAACCCAAAUUGCCAUCUACUUCCAAUGAACUUGAAGUUUGUGGGUAUGAAUAAAACUACGAUACGAGGCAUCACAUCCUUGAAUAGCAAGUUCUUUCAUAUAGCUCUUGUAGGCUGCAGAAACUUUAAAGGCAGUCAUCUUAACAUCUCGGCCCCAGAAACCAGUCCAAAUACAGAUGGUAUCCAUAUUGAGCGCAGCUCUUCUGUCUACUUCUCAAGCUCAUUCAUUGGUACCGGUGACGAUUGCAUUUCUGUUGGACAAGGGAAUUCUCAUGUAGCUAUCACAAGCAUCACUUGUGGCCCUGGUCAUGGCAUCAGUGUUGGAAGCUUGGGAAAAUAUCCAAAUGAAGAAGAUGUAAGCGGGCUUGUGGUGAGAGAUUGUAUCAUGAAAGGAACCAUGAAUGGGAUAAGGAUCAAAACAUGGCCAAACUCUACAGGCCGAAGCGCAGCUAAAAACAUGACAUUUGAAAACAUUUUAAUGGACAACGUUACAAAUCCCAUCAUAAUUGAUCAGACCUAUUGUCCCUCACAUUCUUGUACUUCCUUGGCACCAUCUAGAGUAAAGCUAAGCGACAUAUAUUUCAAGAACAUAAGAGGGACAUCAUCUUCAGCCGUAGCAGUGACACUAGAGUGCAGCAAAGGGAUGCCAUGCCAGAAUGUAUACAUGCAGGAUGUGCAUUUGGAAACGGCCAGACAUCUACAUAAACGUGCCACGUCGUUAUGUAAACAUGUUCAAGUCAAAUACAUUGGCACUCAGCUCCCUCCACCAUGUCAACUUAACUGACAUACAUCUCUGCUAAUUACCUGUUGAGUAAUAGCUUGUUUCCAUUUCAUUUGAGUAUUGAUGUACAUUUUUCAAAAAAACA